AUGGUUCACGGCAAGUCGGGCCCAGAAUCAGGAUCAGGCGCAGGCUCAGGAUCAGGGGCGCGGGUGUCAGCCAGGCAGGACAGGACCAGGCAAGGCCGACGUUGGGCAUGGUGUGGAGAGCAGCCGCUAGCGUGCGUGCUUCAGCCCUCAGCCGUCGACCAUGACCGUCGCAAACGUCCGUCCGCCUUCCCGGAUCCUGCUGUGGCUGCCAGGCACACGACACCAAAGCGCCCUCCCCCAGCACCCCCGGCCUCUGCUGGCGACCCUGCCUUUGCGCUGCAUGCCUCUUUGACUGUCUGA